CCUGAACAUAUCCGCUGCUGAUAUGGUACUGGUACGGGGCUACCUCGAUCAGAUGGCAGCGCUUGCUGACGAUAAAAAGGCGCAGUUGCGCGAAUGGUUUGCAUCCGCCCGACGACGCUCUCUGCCGGUUGUUCCAGUGCCCUUCGGUCUCACCGCCGCAGACCUGUUCGCCCGGCCCGCGUCGAAGAGCGGCGGCGCGUUCGACCCUGCGUGGAAAUCGACCAGUGCGUCAGGUUAUCCUAAGAAUUAUUGCGGAAUCAGGUACCCUAAGAAUUAUCAAUACAGGCUAGGCGUCGACUUCACUGCUGCCCGGGAACCGUUCGUCCUCGCGGAUGUGGGCGUGCUGCCCGAGAUCCACGGCAGGCCGCGAAAGCAGACGCUGCGUCUCGCGCAGCAGAUGACAGAAGGCGGUAUUGCAGGCGUCCUGUGGAAUGCGGGCCGGGCCUUGACUUUCAUGUUGCCACGGCCAGUGCAUAAAUCCAAUUUUCGCAGCGCGUCUCCGCCACUGCUGAAUCAUGACCUCCACGCCAUUGACGCGGCGCAAGCUCGAUGGUGUGGCGGUGUGGUUCUCUUUGACCGCGUGACUUGGCCAACACGGCCGCGUUUUUGCCGAGAAAGACACCCGACUCACUGGUUGAUUUUUGCACAGGCCGCGGCUGCCCGAAUGGCGGGAGGAGGGGCGGUUUGCAGGGAAAGUUCUGGAGUUGGGCACAGGUACCGGACUCGUGGGCACCGCGUGCUGGCUGCGGGGCGCGCGCGAGGUCGCGAUGACGGACCUGCCGGCGGCGAUCGAACUCGCCCGCGCGAACGUGGCGGCGAACGUCGGCGCCGCGGCGGGCCUGCGCGUGGAACCGCUGGCGUGGGGCGCCCCCCUGCCGGCGGCGCUCGCGGGGCCGUGGGACGUCGUCGUCGCCGCCGACUGCCUCUACGACGUGGCGGCACUCCCGGCCCUGUUGCGAACGCUGGGAGAGGUAUCGGACGCGCGCACCGUCGUCUACCUCGCGUACAAGCGCCGCGUGGACGCGCGCGAAGCACCGUUCUUCGCCGACCUGGAAAAUCUCUUCGACCGCGUGGCGUUCACGGCGCCCGAGGCCGUCCCCGCUGAGUGGCGCGGCACCGGGCUGCAUUUAUGUCGCGCGACGGGCCGGCGGCAGACCUAGCCCCUAGCAACCACCAUCUAUAGGCUAGCAACGCCCGGCAACGACCGUUGAACGACGGGCUCUCCUUUCCGAAUAAUUGUUGGGGCCCUCAACUAGUAAGUGCAUCUAGAACUAUGGGUAGGGGGUGGCAGAAG